AUGGCCGCCCGUCAUUCCCGAAAGCUUUUACGGCCUCUGCUUUAUACGUCGGUCGCAGCGGCCGCAGGAGCUGGUGUCUUAUACAUCUCCUAUCGUCCUCGCAAUAUCCCUGGCUCGGAAGCUCCCGCUGUACCACCCCCUGGCUAUCAUGAAGGCAAACUUGUGCCUCCAAGCUUCCCCUCGAUCAAAUCGCGCCUCGAACAGAUCCAGGACCUAAAGCGCAGUUCCAGCGGUGAUGAUUCUGAUGUGUAUGAUCUUCUUGUUAUCGGUGCCGGCGCCACUGGGUCAGGAAUCGCCUUAGACGCCGCGACACGGGGUUUAAAGGUAGCGGUUGUCGAAAGGGAUGAUUUCAGUGCUGGGACCAGCAGUAAGAGUACGAAACUAGUACAUGGAGGUGUCCGCUACCUAGAAAAGGCCGUGUGGGAAUUGGAUAUCAAUCAGUACAAGCUUGUCAAGGAAGCCUUGAGAGAGCGCAAAUACUUCCUGAACACUGCUCCUCACCUCUCCAGCUGGCUUCCAAUCAUGGUUCCCGUACAGAAAUGGUGGCAAGCUCCUUAUUUCUGGGCUGGUACAAAGUUCUAUGACUAUUUGGCUGGGUCGGAGGGAAUCGAGAGCUCCUACUUCCUGCCCAGGAGCAAGGCUAUUGAUGCCUUCCCCAUGCUGAGAAAAGAUAAUAUGUUUGGUGCCAUGGUUUACUACGAUGGUGCCCACAACGACUCUCGGAUGAACGUAUCUCUUGCGAUGACAGCUGCAUUGUAUGGAAGCACUGUUGUAAAUCAUAUGCAAGUUACUGGUCUCACCAAAGAUGCCUCUGGCAAACUGAAUGGUGCACGAGUGAAAGAUGUUAUCCCUGGGAAAAAUGGCCAAGAAGAAGCAGAGUUCACCAUACGGGCUAAGGGCAUUAUCAAUGCAACCGGCCCCUUUACCGAUUCUAUCAGAAAGAUGGACGAGCCCGAUGUGAAGGAAAUUGUCGCACCAAGCUCUGGGGUUCAUGUUAUCCUCCCUGGGUAUUACAGUCCUUCGAACAUGGGCCUCAUUGACCCUUCCACGUCCGAUGGCCGUGUCAUUUUUUUCCUUCCAUGGCAGGGGAACACAAUUGCUGGAACCACGGAUCAACCGACCGAAAUAACAACUCAACCUGAGCCCUCUGAAAAGGACAUUAACUGGAUUCUAUCAGAAGUUCGCGGCUACCUAGCACCUGACAUCAAUGUUGAGCGGAGUGAUGUGCUAGCAGCAUGGUCUGGAAUUCGGCCUUUAGUUCGCGAUCCUAAAGUGAAGAGCUCGGAGGCAUUGGUUCGCAAUCAUCUGAUUUCUGUUUCCCCAUCCGGGCUGUUAACAUGCGCGGGAGGGAAAUGGACGACUUACCGUCAAAUGGCAGAAGAGGCUGUAGAUGAAGCGAUCGGAGUCUUUGGUCUUCAAACUCGACAUGUCACCCAGGUUCCAGAUAUUAGUGGCGUUGGAGGCAGUGGCUUAGUUGCCGACGGUGCUGUUCUCGAUGGCUCUUGUCAAACCCACCAGGUCCGCUUGAUUGGAGCGCACGGGUUUUCCAAAACACUUUUCAUCAACCUCAUUCAGCACUUUGGCCUUGAGACCGAUGUGGCCCAGCAUCUAACGCAAUCAUAUGGUGAUCGCGCUUGGCAAGUGGCAGCUUUGUCUUCACCGACAAACGCUCGCUUCCCUGUUCGCGGCCAACGUAUCUCUGCGUUAUACCCCUUCAUUGAUGGCGAGGUUCGCUAUGCUGUUCGCCACGAAUACGCUCAGACUGCAGUCGAUGUUAUUGCUCGUAGGACUCGUUUGGCGUUCCUCAAUGCCGAGGCAGCACUUGAGGCUCUUCCUAGCAUCAUUGAUCUAAUGAGUGAGGAACUCAACUGGGAUAACAGAAGAAAAGACCUUGAAUGGAAGGAAAGUGUUAGCUUUCUUUCAUCAAUGGGACUUCCCAAGAAUUUUCUUGGGCUGUCUAGGGCUCAGGUAGAGGCAGGCAAGGUCAAGCAGGUUGAUUUCGCGGAACGGCAGGCAUCUUCCAGAACUGAUCCACCGGCAGAUGUGCUUGAUAGUGAUCUUCGCCCUGAGACUUCCGUGGCUUCUGAAGCAUCAAGUCGUUUGAUGAGCUCAGAGUCCCCUGCAAACAAUUAG